AUGGCUCCGCCGCCUAACUCAAUCAGCUCACGUCACGUGGCCGUGAUCGGAGCAGGAGCUGCCGGGCUCGUGGCAGCUCGAGAGCUUUGUCGUGAAGGUCACACGGUCACCGUCUUUGAGCGUCAGAAACAAGUGGGAGGACUUUGGGUUUACACUCCAAACGUCGAGACAGACUUACUGAGCAUCGACCCGGAUCGAAACAUCGUCCACUCGAGCGUCUAUCAGUCCCUCCGCACCAAUCUCCCACGAGAGUGUAUGGGCUAUUGUGAGUUCCCAUUCGUAACCCGACCUGAUGACGAUUCCAGAGACCCGAGACGGUACCCGGACCACAGGGAAGUCAUGAUGUACCUUCAAGACUUCGCCAAAGAGUUCAAGAUCGAUGAGAUGAUCCGAUUCCAGACCGAGGUUGUCCGGGUGGAGCCAGCGGCGGAGAACAGUCUUAAAUGGAUAGUUCAGUCUAAAAGCUCAAGAGGUGUCUUUGGUAAAGAUAUCUUCGACGCAGUCGUCGUUUGCAAUGGUCACUUCACUGAGCCUCGUCUUGCUCAUAUUCCUGGGAUAGACACAUGGCCAGGAAAGCAGAUCCAUAGCCAUAAUUAUCGUGUUCCGGAUCCAUUCAAAGAUCAGGUGGUAGUAGUGAUAGGAAAUCAAUCUAGUGGAAGAGACAUUAGCAAGGACAUAGCAACGCUUGCAAAAGAAGUCCAUAUUGCAGCUAAAUCACUGAUGCAAAAAAAAGAAUCAGCUGAUGCUUACAAAAAGGAAAGUUCCCGUUAUAGCAAUAUACAUAUUCAUCAGACGAUAGACCGAGCGUACGAGGAUGGUUCAGUUGUUUUUCAAGACGGUGAAGCCGUAUUUGCAGAUGCCAUAGUACAUUGCACCGGUUACAAGUAUCGUUUCCCAUUUCUUGAAACUAACGAUUAUGUGACCGUCGAAGAUAACCGUGUUGGAACGUUAUACAAGCAUGUCUUCCCGCCUGCCCUUGCCCCUGGCCUCUCAUUUAUUGGUUUACCUUCGAUGGCGUUACAAUUCUUUAUGUUUGAAAUCCAAAGCAAGUGGGUUGCGUCGGUUCUAUCGGGUCGGAUUAAGCUUCCUUCCGAGGACAAAAUGAUGGAAGAUGUUACAGCUUUCUAUGCUAAACUUAAAUCUUUGGGCAUUCCCAAGAGAUUUACGCAUUUUCUAACUGAUCCACAAUUUACUCCAAUGUUCAAAAAGCUUAAGCCGCAUGAAGCAAGUUUGAUCUCACAAUAUGAGUACUUUAACUGGGUCUCGGAACAGUGUGGUUGCUCGUCUAUUGGGCCUUGGAGAGUGGAACAAUAUAAUAUCGCCAUCAAGAAAAAUGAUGAUACUUAUCGUGAUGAUGAAUGUGAUGACGAUGAUCAACUUCUGGAAGAAGCGUACCGUGAUUUCGCUAAAUUCAAACCGUCCAAAGUUUGUUCUACCCACUGUCACUAGUUCCAAAGUAAGUGCGCUACGAGACCAAGAGUUGAGAUUCCUAUGUUGGUGAAACAAAUUAAAAAUGACAAAAAGGUUAAAUUAAAUUAAAUACUUCUUUUUUUGGUAAUCCACAAAAUAAACGUUUUCUCUUUUGGUUGUUCCAGUCUGGAUUCUGGAAGGUGAUUAAUGGAGUAUAUUACAAAGUUUGACUUUUGCAACAUAUUUUAUGUAAAAAAUGAGAAUAAAGUAUA